AUGAUCGCUCACCCUGCAUGCCGCCCUCUUGCGGGCACCGCCAGGAGCUCGCAGGCCGCUCAGGGGCGUGCAAUCCAACUGGUUGUGCGUGCUGCUGCACCCAAGGCUGAGGGAGUGCCACAGCUGCCCGCAUUCGUGCGCCCAGCAGCUCUUGCAGCCAUCACAAACGCGCUGAUGGCGCUGCCAGCACAUGCAGUGGCAGGAAAGAUCUUCGACUUCAACCUGACCCUACCCAUUAUGGUCGGCCAGUUCCUCCUGCUCAUGGUCUUCCUGGACAAGACCUGGUUCACCCCUGUGGGCAAGGUCCUCGACGAGCGUGAUGGGUACAUCCGCGAGCAGCUGAAGAAGUUCAAGGGCAACGACGACGAGAUCCUGUCGAAGCAGCAGGCUGCAGAGAAGGUGCUGCAGGAGGCACGCGCAGCUGCGCAGAAGCAGAUCCAGGAGGCCAAGGCCGAGGCCACUGCCAAGAGCGAGAAGAGGCUGGGAGAGGUCAAGGCGAAAAUCGACAAGGAGCUGGCGAGCGCGCUGGCAGUGCUGGACAAGGAGAAGAAGGCAGCCCUCAGCGACCUGGACUCCCAGGUGGAUAGGCUGGCCGCCGAUGUGCUCGCGCGCGUUCUCCCGGAGGGCGUCAAGCUCUGA